UUGCCCGACUCCUUGAGGACAAGAAGGUUCCCGGAAAGUGGAAAGGGAGAUGAGGGCAGGAGCAGCAUUCAACGCGACGGCGGCAGUAGAGGUGCCAGCUGCGGCGGUGGGAGGAGGCCACUCGGGGUGGCGCUCGCCGGUGCCGUACCUGUUCGGGGGACUGGCUGCCAUGCUGGGGCUCAUCGCCUUCGCCCUCCUCCUCCUUGCCUGCUCGUACUGGAAGCUAUCGGGGUACCUCGACGGUGGCGACGACGGCAGUGGCGUCGAGCCGGGCGCCAAGACAGGAGCGGAGGUGGCGAUGCCGGUCGCGUGCUACGAGGAGAAGUUCGUGGUGAUCAUGGCCGGGGAUGAGAAGCCGACGUACCUGGCAACGCCCGUCUCGAGCCGAGCAUCGUCGUUUGGUGAUCACACCAGUAAGGAAGACAAUAACAAAGAUAAGGACAUGGUUGAGGACUGUAUAGGAACUGGAAAUGAGACCGAGAAUAAGGAUCAUAUCCGAGGACAGUCUGAGAACCAAAACUUGGAUGCAUAAGGCUUUUCUACUUUUCUUCCGUUUUGCAACUUUUGGAGUCAGGAAAUGACUUGGCCUAAGAAUUUUCAUUGUGGGAGAAGUCGUAGAAGAUAGCUUCUUUGCUGCACUUUAUGAUCCAUAUGCUUUUAUCCUGUUUUCACUCUGUAUAGCUUUGCCAUAGCAGCAGCAGCAGAGAGAGAGAGAGAGAGAGAGAGAGAGCGAGUAGCAAGCGAUGAGGGUUGGUUGGGACGCGGCUACGUGAAGGAGGACGAUGUUUAUCCAGCACAAUGAUCGGCGACUGUUUGCCCUUGCAGCGUUACUGUUACUGUAGAGAGAGAGAGAGAGAGAGAGAGUGCAUGUGUGUUAUGUGUAUUGAUCACAAAAAGCAGGAGAGAAUCAUGAAUAAAAGCAGCAACAACGAAUAAAGUGACCACCGA